GCAUCCUCAGCUCUAUCGCCGCCUCGGGGCGGCGCCGCCCCGGGGAGUGCUCCUCUUCGGGCCUCCGGGCACCGGCAAGACCCUCCUGGCACGAAGUUUGGCCCAGGAGCUACAGUGUCCCUGUGAGCUCCUCGCAGCCACGGAUUUCGUGGGCGGCGGCAUCGGCGAGUCCGAAGAACGGAUCCGCAGCACCUUUGAGAUCUGCCGCCAGCAAGCAGCCCAGAACGAAACCGGAGCUCUUCUGUUCAUCGACGAGAUCGAUGCGGUCUGUCCCAAGCGAGACGAUGCAAGCGAAGCCGAGCGAAGGAUGGUCGCGGCUUUCUUAACCGCGCUGGAUGGCCCGAAGGGUGGGGAUGGCAUCGUCGUGCUCGGGGCGACGAACCGGCCCGAUGCCCUGGAUCCGGCCAUCCGCCGCGCCGGGCGCCUGGAGAGGGAGAUCGAGGUGGGAGUGCCAAAUGCGGAG